AUGGUGUCCAACAAUUUAUGUGACGUCAUCUGGUUAAAAAAAUGUUAUUUGGUGCUGAUUGAACAAAACAUCUUCAUAAACAAGACAUACGGCGUGAGAGGAUUGGACACACCACUAUCUUACGCCAUUUUCGCUUCCUCAAUAACCAUAUUCAACUGCAUCGCACCGCUUUGGAGUUUGCUCUACCGAUGCGAGAAAACUUAUAAGCACCGGGAUGAAAUCAUCAGCACCGUGGACAACAUUCUCAUUGGGAGGAAUAUUAUGCACACGCACACUACAAUAAUGCCGCUCGGAUUGCUCGGAUCAAACUCGCUGCACCCCGCGCGACCGAGACGGCCCGUCCAUGAGAAGCGAUCUGUGCUCUCUCCGCGGCGUGGUCCAACCGGCUGGACUACGGGCUCGUGUCGUUGUUACUAUACUGUAUCAAGGCUCUCUCUUCCAGGCCCGUCCAUGAGAAGCGACCUGUGCUCUCUCCGCGGCGUGGUCCUGGACCGGCCCGUCCGGUUCACGAACGGCGGGUCCUACCGGCUGGACUACGGGCUCGUGUCGUUGUUACUAUACUGUAUCAAGGCUCUCUCUUCCAGGCCCGUCCAUGAGAAGCGACCUGUGCUCUCUCCGCGGCGUGGUCCUACCGGUUGGACUAUGGGCUCGUGUCGUUGUUACUAUACUGUAUCAAAGCUCUCUCUUCCAGGCCCGUCCAUGAGAAGCGACCUGUCCUCUCUCCGCGGAUUGGUCCUGGACCGGCCCGUCCGGUUCACGACCGGCGGGUUCUACCGGCUGGACUACGGGCUACUCGUGACAUUCGGUUCCGUCGUGUCCACGUAUACUCUACUCAUGUUGCAGACUUUGAAGUGA